UAGAUUAAAUGGAAAAUGGCUGCAGUUACAGAGAAGCAACAGAACUCCCCAAUAAGAAAAAGUAGCGACCAGUUAAAAGAGAAGGUUUCUCAUAGGAAUGGAGGAGUUCCUGGUGAUUUGGGGGAGCAGGAGGACUACGGACUUUCUGGAGUCCUGGAGAAGGAGCAGAGCGACAUCCUGAAAUCCUCUAGGAAUGUUUGUGAGCUGCUGGAAAAGAUCCGAGAGGAGACCGAAGCUUUGGAGAAGCAGGUUGUGAAUGUUUGCAGUUCUGGUCCUCCUAAAGUUGCAGCAGCUCUUUCUGCUGCAGUAGAGGUCAGAUAUUCUCUGGACGAGCUGCUGCAGAGAGAGCAGCGCAUCUCCAACAGGCUGCAGCAGCACCUACAGGGGACCAAGCAGUGGAUGGAGGAUCUGGGCCAGACAUGUAACCAUGUGGACUUCAUAGAGAGAUCCAUGAAAUACCUGAAGUGUCUUCACCACAUAGAGGAGCUUAGUGCUGCAGUCCAGCAGUCUCUGAUGAUCAACAGUGUGUGGGACGCCAUAAAGGGAGUAGAGAACAUGGCAGCCCUGGACUGUGGUCUAAACCAAUCCCAAUGUUCCCAUCUUUGUGACUUUCUCCGGAAAACUCUUUGUUUCUGGCAUAACAUCAUCAAGGAUCGACUCACCAGUGAUUUUGAGAAAGUGUUGGCUCAGCUGCAGUGGCCCAUCAUCACACCUAACCAGUCAGUGACGACACCUGCUAACUACCAGGAGCUGAGCAGCCAGCUGGAGGGACUGCUGUUGCAGCUGCUGGCUCUGCAGACCUCCGAUGACCUCAUAUCUCAGAGGGUUUCAGCCUCCACUCAAGGAGCGCCGCCUGGCUCUUCAUCCACCCUGUCCCCCGCAGCACCGUCCCUCUGUCUGCCCAUUCAGAUCAUGCUGCAGCCGCUCAGCAAGAGGUUCAGAUACCACUUCUAUGGAAAUCGCCAAACCAACUCCAUACACAAGCCAGAGUGGUACCUCACUCAGGUCCUGAAAUGGAUGGAGAACAGCGCCACCUUCAUGGAGGAAAAGAUUCAGCCAGUCUUUGACCGGUCUGGACAAACCAUCAGUGCCAAGGUGGCGCUGUGUCAAGGCCUGGUGUGUUUAGUCCAGGAGAAGGUAGCCAGUGAUGCCUCUCGAAUGCUGUAUGAUGAUGGGCUCUUCUGCCACCUAGUGGAGGAGGUGCUGCAGUUUGAGAAGGACCUGAGAAGCCAUCAUUCCUACCCGGCAAUGCUGCCCGCUCUGCUCCACAUCCUGCUUGAUGACGCCUUCCUUCAGAAGUGGCUCGCCGUGGAGAGGAAGAUGGCUGUGGAGAAGAUGGACGCUAUGCUGUCAGCUGAGGGAGCCUGGACAUCUCAGUACAAAGACAUCAGUGACAUGGAUGAGCUGAAGGCACCAGAGUGUGCAGAGACAUUCAUGACUCUCCUGCAAGUCAUCACAGAACGUUAUCGGGCCUUGCCCAGUCCUGCAGCACAGCUCAGGUUUUUUGGGCUGCAGAAGGAAUUGGUCGAUGACUUCCGCAUACGACUAACUCAGGUGAUGAAAGAGGAGUCCCGCUGCCCACUGGGGGUCCGGUACUGCGCCAUCCUCAAUGCAGUCAACUACAUUUCAACCAUUCUGAGAGACUGGGGGGACAAUGUGUUUUUCCUCCAGCUGCAGCACGCUGUGGUUUCUCUGGGACAGCAGGAGGUUCUGGGCAGCCUGGAGAUGACAGAAGUCGGGCGUCUGGCCUCCCUGGAGGGGUCUCUGUUCGAUGGUCUGCUGUCACUGCUAGAUCGACUGAAGGGAGAUAUGUUGGGAAGACUGCUGCACUUUCUAAUGAGAGACACGGCUGAAAAAGCCCAGCCAUACUGUCAGGAAAGAUGGUUGUCCAUUCCACCUCCUCAAGACCAGUCUGCCAUGUCCCUGUCCAGUUCAGCGUGUCCCAUGAUGCUUUGUGUGAGGGAUAGACUGUUGAACCUUCAUCAGGUCCUGAGUGUUUCUCUGUUCCAACUCGCCUGGCAGGGUUUGGCAGAGAAACUGGACAACUUCAUUUACCAAGAGGUUAUUUUGUCUAAUCACUUCAGUGAUGGUGGAGCAGCUCAGCUCCAGUUCGACAUGACCAGAAACUUGUUCCCUCUGUUCGGCCAUUACUGCAGAAGACCUGAGAACUUUUUUAAGCAUGUGAAGGAAGCAUGCAUUAUUUUGUGUCUAAAGGUUGGCUCUGCCAUUCUCCUAAAGGAUCUCCUUAAACGCUCUGAGCAGGAAGCAACAGACUUUGAAGAUCCUUCACCAGAGUCUGCUCUGAAUGAGUUGGGAGUUUUCUGUUUGGCACCAUGCGAUGUGUUAAUCCUUCUCAACCUCAAAGCUUUACUGCCAGGAAUAUAACAAUGGCUGACUAUAUUCCUGUUAUGUGGAGAAUGGAUCAGAUGAGCUGAAAGACUGGUGUCUCAUUCUAUGUAUUUUCUUGCACUCUUAAAUCCAAAACAUUGGUUCUUACAUUAGAAUUAGAGUUAAUAAAUUCAGAUUCUUCUAAGGUAA